UUUUAACAAAUGAUAUGUGUGCGUUCGGCGUUUUCAUCGGCCGUUUGGUGUUUUCCUUUAACGCGAGGCGUCCCUCUUUGAGAAAAUCACAAACAAACAAACGGAAUAAUAAAUAUUGACUUAUAAUAAUUAUUACAAUAAUUAUUAUCGUAGUCUGGCGCGAACACUAGCAGAGCCGACCACGAUUCAUGUUAGUUGUAAUAACAUCAGCGUCUGUUCACCGAAGGGCUAAUUGUCGUUAAAGUUAGUUUGUGUCGUGUAAAGUCUAUAUAAAAAAAAAAAAAAUACUUGAAUACCGCGAGUCACUUUUCUUCCGUAAAAUCUUGCGACAAAAAGUGCGUUCCCGGUAAAUAUUUCGGCACCUCGAUAUGUUGGCCUCAAAGGAAGAAUUUGUGCAUACAACGUGCACCAAUGGAAUCGGACAACUCCUCAAAUUCAGAUGACUCUCAAUCAAACAACUCUAGUCGAUCGGCAUCGCCAGAAACUGCUAUUCGAGAACAAUCUGCUGGUAGCUGUUCACCUUCAGCUUCCAGUCAUAAUUCCGGUAUUCAGAGUCCUGACAAUAAUACUUCUAAGUCUGAAAGUAUAGAAAAUGGAAUUCAAUCACCAGAACAAGGUCCUCAAUCCCCCGAUAGUUCCUCAUCUAAAUUUAAAAGUCCUGUUGACGAAGGAUCCUGUAGUCCAGACCAUACAAACGAGCUACCCAGACCGAGUUCGGCAUCAAGUUCUUCCAGUCAAGCAUCUUCGGUUGCUGGAUCACUCGAUGGACGUAGUCAGUCACAAGCAUCAUCUAAAAAUUCGUCGAGGAGUCAAGCGUCUGAUAAGGGUAAAAAAGCUCCAGUUAACUAUGCUGAAGACCUAUCGGACGUGUCGGAUGAAGAUCCGAUGGAUAAUAUAAAUUACGAGGACAACGUUUCUCCGAAAAGUAACCAAGAAUGGGCGUAUGAUUGUGACAACAAUUCCAAGGACAACGUUAUACCAGUUAACGGCCACGAUAACAGUGACACUAAAAUAGAAAACAAUACCGUCAACGAUCCAGAGGAGCCUCUUGACUUCGAGGCUGAAGAUGGUGAAGACGGUGAAUGUGAUGAACCAAAGGCAGAAAAAGAAGAUAGUGUAGUCGAAGAAGAAAAAGAACCUGAAGAGCUUGAAGAAGGUGAAGUUUCUGAUGAAGGCGAACACAGACCCGAAGAAACAGAACCAAGACCCAUUUGUCGAUUUUACUCUAGGGGACAGUGCACGUGGGGUGCGAGUUGUCGAUUUUUGCAUCCGGGCGUCACUGACAAAGGGAAUUAUUCAAUGUUCGAAAUGGUACGGCCGGUUCCACCGCCUGGUGGCCUACCAUUCUUUCCUCCCGAUCCUUACCGACCUCAUGAACGGCCUUUGAUUCCAGGAAUUCCAAUCGCUCCUCUUAAAAAGGAUGAUGUACCUCCUGUUGAGUCUGCUUGGGAAAGAGGAUUACGUCAAGCCAAAGAGAUACUGAAAAAAUCCAAUAAAAAAAAGGAAACUGAUAUUGAUUUUGAAGAAAAGAAAAUGAAUUUGACAUCUAAUCAAGAAGAAGUAGAAAAAGAAAACGAUUAUUACGCACAACGUCCAACGAGUCCGGCGGCGCCACCUGCAAUAAGUCCUCCUAUUGAAAGAUUUAAAUCCGAUCUGGAAGCUCGUCAUCAUCGUGCUCCACUUCCUGAUGCUUACGUAGAAGAAUUUAUCCCGCCACACGUCGAUUUCUAUCAUCAUCGUCCAGAAUAUUGGCCUCCACAUCACGGACGUCCUUUACCACAUUUCCCUGGUCAUCCGAUGGAUUUCCAUGCGGCACCACGGAGAAAUCCAUAUUAUCCGUAUGCACCUCCCGAUCCUUAUUAUCACCCGGGCUUAAAACCUCAUCACAGGGGAUUACCUCCUAAAUACCCUCCUAACCGAGAAGUAAUCGUACAGAGGUCCGAAAAAUCAUACAGUCCUCAGCCGUCUGGCCAUCGUAACCGAAGAGACAGAUCAUUGAGUCGACCUCGUAGAGGGGAUGACUGGGCCGAUCCUUGGAUGAGAUCAAAAUCACCCGGUGGUGGCAGUCGAUCUAAACUCAGAGGCAGAAAAAAGUCAUAUUCUUCUCAUUCUUCGUUUUCAUCAUCGAGGUCUGGUAGUAGUUCAAGUGCUUCGAGCUACAGCUCUCGUAGUCGAUCAAGGGGUAGGUCUAAUUCUAUGCCAAAAAAUAGAAAGAAGCCUCCACAAAUACCAUUUAAAACGUCUCCUGGCCGUAAACAAAUACGAAAACCAGAGAGAAAUUUAUCACCCGUUGAUGUGUUUGAUAAAAAAUCAGCCGGUCGAUCAAUGAACCCGCCAGUGCCAACAAAUCGGUGGUCUGUUUCACCUACAAAUUCGACUCCGAUGGUAAUGCCGAUGCAAAGAGCACGCCAAAUGCCGAUGCCACCCAGGUUUGCUGUUAACAAAACGGCCGAAACAAAGUCGCCAUCCAGUACGCACACUUCAUCUACUUCAUCAAGUAAUGAAUCGGCUUCUGGAACUAGUUCUUCAGAAUCGUCCGACUCUAGCGGUUCAGAGUCUUCUUCAGAGGGCAGCGGAACUCACAGACAAAUAAAAAAACGAGAUCAGGCUCAGAAACAGCAAAUUAAAUUAAAUCUUAAGAAGAAAACAUCUGCAGCUGUUGUUCCUCCAGUUAAAAAAGAAAAAUCUAGUAUGCAAGGUAAGAAACGUGCACUGGAGGAAGACCUAGAAGAGGCGACUAAAAACCCUUCUCCUCCUCGGAAGAAAGGUGCCGUACCGACGAGGCGAGAGGAACUGUUGAAACAACUGAAAGCCGUCGAAGACGCCAUAGCACGUAAAAAGUCAAAAGUCACUUUGUAAAUAAUUUAUUUUAUUUUAACCAUGGUCAUAGUAUUGUGUUGACUUGAUAAUUCUAUAUUAUGUAUAUAUAUAUAUAUAGUUAUGAAUACGCUAGUAUUUUUAAAAUAAACGGUUUUUAUCUCGUAUACAAUAUACAUACAUGUAUUUUAAUAAGACAUAUUAAUAAUAACAACAUA